UUUUUACCCAGAGAAAAAGUGUACUGGAAAGAACCUUAUGUGUAUGCACGGGGGAGAGAAUAUAGAGGUGGCGCCCACGGUGGAGAGAAUAUCUAUCAUUGUGAUGGAGGUAAAGUUAAGAACUAAACUGCAAAGAUAUCGCACUAAAAAACAGAUGGAGGAUAAACUUCAACAGUUUAAGAAUAUUAUAAAGCGUUUUUUGAUGUUGGGUACAGGGGAAUCCAAAACUGUCAUCAGCAAAUUGACUGAAGUGCGUGAAGCUUUGACCGAAUGCAAAGUUCAAAGGUCGAAUGCAGAAGAGUAUAGAGAGGAAUUGACAUCCAGCUCAGAUGAGGAAACUGAUAGAAGCAAAGGCCAUAAAGAAAAUGUAAAUAACUUCUUCAAAUAUAUUCAAAGGGCAGUUUUUACACUAUUUUGGAUAACGCUUUAUGUGAUUGCGAUACAAUUACAAUUUGGAAUAGUUUAUAUAAUGCUGUCAGCGUUGUUUGGAAUCUAUUAUAACACAAGGACAGCACCAAAAAAACUAAAUGAAAUUAGUGCUUAUAGCGUUUUCAAUAAAAACUGCGAAAGUAUAGAUGGAACUCUAACGGCGGAACAAUUUGAACGGGAAAUUCGAUUUGGAGCCUCAAGUGUUCGAUAAUUUAGUCAAAAAGGCAGAAUUUAUAAUUAAUCACUGUAUGCAUGCGCAGAAGUUUGUCGAGUACUGGAUCCGGCACCGAAUCGGCAGAAAUCAGCUAUUAUUGUAUAAACCUUUAUUUCCCACAAAUUACCUUUCAAACACCAUUGGAACAAGUAAAGAAUACCCAUCGUUUCGCUAGAAAAAAAAAUUAAAAAUAACGAGUCGAUAGAGCUUUUUGACUGAUUACAACGGUACCAAAAUUUACUUGCAGAAAUUAAAAUUAAGCGAGAUAUAGGUCAAAGAUCGAAAUGUGCUUUUUGAAAAACUGUAAUAUCUCAAACUAGUAUAGCGUUUGUAAAAGUUAAUAUAUAGUUUUAAAGGAAAUUAAAACACCUUUCUUUUGGUCUGCAGUCCUUGUGCCUUGCAUUUCUAA